ACUCAGAUCCGAAAACAGAUACGAUACCUACAUAUGAUUAAGUUUGAAACGCAGUGCAAAUUGCGAAAUUGCAAAAAAUAUUUUGCAAAUAUUCGAAGCUUACAACCUUUUUCUAUUAGAUGUUACCCUCAAUAUUCACAUUAAUAACAAUUUAAAGAAAAGAUAUGUGUGAAUGAAAAUAGGGACUUAUUUUUUAGACCAAUUCCAACUGUAAUGAUACAAAAUGGCAUCCAGUCCUGACAAUGAAGACGACUCCCUCAUCGUGAUCCUGGGUACAUCCCCCGGCGGCAGUAUGGUUGAAAAAAGUAAUGGCACAACAAAUGGAGAUCUAGAAAGAUCACAAAUAGAAGAUGCUAUGAGAUCACUAUCAAAUGAAGCUAAUAUGGCUUUUAAGGCUCAAUUUAAUUUGGGUGAAAGUCCCUCACCAGCCAGUAUGAUGGUAGCGAGUACUAUAAUAACCGAGGACAGGAGUACAGAGGAGCUGCAAAAGAGAUUCGGCGAUUUAUUGGACGAGAAUUUUGUAUUGAAGGAGACUUUGAAGCAAAACAACGACUCUAUGAAGGAGCAGUUCAUACUGAUAGCGUCGUGUCAGGAAGAUAUGCUGAAGACACACCGACUGCACAAGGAAAAGUUUGAUGAAACAAGGGAGCUUGUCGAGCGGCUUAGACAAGAAAAUAAGCAACUCAAAAUGGAUAUAUCACGUCUGGCCGAAGGUGAACAGAACAGUAUCGGCCAAAAAAAACUGUCAGGCUUCGAACUGGUCACAUCAGUUGAGGAAGAUACUAUCGAGAAGCUGUCAUCACAGUUAGAACUCGUCGAGAAACAGAGACGACAGUUGAUAGUUGACAACGAGAAGCUGAGCUGGCAGAAGGAAUCCCUAGAACAUAUAGUUGACUCCAUGAACAAGGAGAGAGACGACGCCAAGAAAAAGCUACACAAGGUCGAGCUCCAACUCUCCACUAUGGAGAACGAUCAUGCUCAGGAAGUCAGCAAACUGCACUGUAUCAUAAGUGACCUACAAAACAAACUGAAGACGCAGAGUGUGAAUACAUCUCCGGAGGAGGUUUCCAAACGUGAUGUGUACAUACAGAAGCUGGAGGGCAAGAUGUCCUUAUUACAGAAUGAAUUGAAGAAAGCUCAGAUAAAGAUCCUCGACCUGGAAAAUAUUAAGUUGGAAUUCAGCCAGCACAAGUCCAACGUGUCUGAGACGGUGAAGAUGUACAAAGACCAGAUCCAGGAACUAAAGGAUAGAAUUAAAGAGGUCCAGACGACGGUGUUCCAGCCGAUCCGCGUGUCCGUGUCGGAGCCGUCGAGUUCGUCCGAGUUCCUCAACAAUGUCAAGCUCUACGACCGCACGCUCAAGCACCUGGCCGACUACCUCAACUCGCUCAGCAACGGGCUAUCUGAUAGUCUAGCUCACACCCUGGGCGUGGUGUCCAGUAUACAGGAUGUUAAGAUCGACCGCGGCUCGGUGGACAAGGUCAAGUGUGGAGUCGGGGAGCUCAAGACACUCAUAGCAACACAGCACUCUAACGUUGUGUCUAACGUAGCUCAUGUCCGCAGCACGCUGUCCACGUUCGAAGGCAUCUUUAAGGAUCACAACGAACUGUUGAAGAGAUCCGUCACCAACACCGACACGGUGCAGGCUCCGUGUGUGCAGCAGUUGACGGAAGCGCUCGUGGCUCGCGGCCAGCAGGUGUCCGAACUGCUGGAAGAGCUGGCAGCUGUGAAGGCACGCACCGACGACGCCGACUUACUGAGGGCCCAAGUCGACUUGUACAAAAGCGACUUCGAAGCUGAGAGGGAAUCCCGAGAGAAGAUGGCCAGCGAGAAAGAAAAUCUCCUCGCAGACCUUAGAGUGGCUCAGAAGAAGAUACAAGACUUGACAACACAGUUGGAGGAGCUUCGUGUUCUGAGUCCAAGCCUGCACAAGAGCAUCACCAGCCCUCGCCCGCGGUCCGCUGGCAAGCCCGCCCCCACCACCACCGCCCGCACCGCCCCCACCACCGCUGUCGCAGCCAACGCUGUUCGUAAGAAGAAGAGAACUGAGAAGUCAGUGGUGGAGGCCGCCAGCCGCGAGACGACUCCGCCGCCCGCCAAGUACAUCUGCCCCGCCUGUGACGGCAGCUUCAGGACAUACAUGAUGCUGGAGAGACACGUGCACGAGUGUCUGCUCUAGGAAAUAUACAUUCGUUUAUUACAUUAGCCGAAUUGUUAAAUCAGCCGUUCUAUUAAGCCGGUCCGUUAAACAAAGCCGAAGAUAUCAUUUUUUUGUUACAUAUUAAAACAUGACGUAGCGAAAUAUUUUUCAAUGUCAGUGAAAGUUAUUUAACUAAUUUAUAAAGAAAAAAAAUAUAUAAUUUAUAACAAAAGUGCCAUUAAGUGAAUAAUUGUUGAUGAAAUUAUUGCAGUUAAAUGUCCGCUUGAACUCAGCAGGUCGCUACAUAUGUGUGCAGCUGUCAGCUUUGGUCAUAGUUUUUAUCUAUUAUUAUUAUUGUUCAAUACCAUCUCCAGCACUGAGACCCGCUCUCACACGUUGGAACCGUGUACUACAAACUUCUCUCCAGAAACCGUUUGGAACACUAUCGCAUGUCUCAUCUAAUGCGCCUCUAAGCUUUUCGUCGUUAAAAAACUCGCGUCCCUUUAAAUUGGUCCUUCACUUAAGGGAAAUGUUCAAAGUCUCGCCGCGGCGCUAAGUCUAGAAGUGACGGAAAUAUCCAAGUAAUUUCAGUCCAACUUCACAAAUAUAAACUUCUACGAGCUCGACGCGGGCCUCGUCCUAAUGCACAGACUAAGUCCUAAAUAAGAUUGCUCGUCUUCGACUGUGGCAGACGUGCCUCCGUGUGCCCUCUUGCAGUAACAGUCUUCUGUUUAUCGAGCGCGACGGUAGCUAUCAUUCCGCGUUUUGAGAAAAAUACAGCGGGGCCUAUUUUCUUAACUGAUCGCAGCUUACCCGCGCUGGCUGUCCCUCUUGAAUGACCUUGAACUGUCGAGGCAUCACAAUAAAGCCGAGUUCCGCCCGUCGUCGCUAGUUAGGUUUUAUAAAUCUACCCUCGUCUAAACAACAUCUAAUAUUUAUUUCGCCCACGACGAAACUUAUGUAGUGACCUAUUUUUUAUGAAUAGUUUUAGACUUUUCCAGUAACAUAUUGAAUAUUUUUUUAUAACAUCGGGUGUUUAUUACGGAGUAUAUUAAUAACAAAGUAUAAUGUGUUCGUAUAUUUUGAUUUGUUAGAGGAGUUAUAUCUAGUUCAAUACAAACAUAUAUAUGUAUAUAUAUACAAAUGUAUUUAGUUUUUCCUCUUGUAUUAUAUAAUUAUAAUUUUAAAACAUUUAACUGUACAGAUAAUACACGUGUCACACUUGACAAGUGACGUCUAUGAUAACUUACCUCCGACAUAUUUUGAAAGUCUCCGCUGUUCACUUGAUCUUUGAUAUUUAUAUAAUCAACGUGUAUUUUAAACUAUUUCCAUUGAAAUGCAUUUUUAAUAAGAACAUUUAUUACAAGUAAAGUAUACGUAACUAUUUUUAAGUGUUUUUUUUUUAUUUUAAUUGUAUAAAAUUUAAAAUAAGUAAUGAUAGGCCUUCAGGUGUCCUAAAUGCAUGAUGUUCUCCAGCGACCAGUACAACCUCAUGGAGGAGCACUUCGAAUACUGUCUAGACGACUUUUAAUAUUAAUUCAGUCGUAUUGCAACAGUUGUAAAGAAAUUUAACAGGGGCGGUUAGGUUUGUGUAGUGUGAUCUCUAGGUAACGGUUAUAAGGGUUCAGUGGAGCAGCGGAUUGUAUGGCGAGUGACCGAAAAAACAAAAGAUAGUGCAAUUAAAUUUAUUUUAUGUUGAAUCAAUUUUGUUGACAUAAUUUUUCGAAUUGUUCCAAAGUUUGAAUUCUAACAAUUAGUCGCGUGUUUUUUAAAGCCCCUGAUUGGUUUAAACGGUGUGACGUCAUAAAAUCCCCGUCACGUGACAUACCGCUCAUGAAAUGCCGGGUUCUCAUUGGUUAAAAUAUAAUUGUGUAUUAAGCUGUGACCGCCAUUAACUCGGCUAUAGUUACCAUGUUUGUUUAAGAGAUGUUUCCUUGUUUGUGAUAUGAAAUUAAUAUUAUUUGUUUAAAUGUUUAAGAUAAGUAACAUUAUAAUUUGUGAUAUGAUAAUUUAAUUACAAUAGAAAUAUUAUGAGAUACUUUCUUUAUAAAAUGUAUACGAUGAAAUAUUAUAUUAUUUACUAGUAAUUGAUAUGUUAAUUAUUUUGAAAUAUCCGUAAAAUGUUGUGAAAAAUCCAGAAACUACACAAAUUAUAUAAAAAACAGUCUACCUGUAUACGAAAUUCAAAAUGUCCAUUAUUAUCUACAGCCUCGCCUUGUGUGGAGACGUGAUUUAUAGGUAUGUUAAAUAUUAAUAAAUAUCUUAUAAAGUGACUUUAGUAAACAUUUUUAUGAGUUAUUAACGCACAUUGCAUAAGAAUCGAACGAUAUCGGACCGGAGGCGCCUACUUUAUGAUAAUUACUUGCUACUACGAAUAUAGUAUGUAUGUAUUACAGUAAUGUAUUAUAAGUAGUGUUGUGGUCAGUGACGUCACACGGCCGUCAGACCCCAAACAUUUGAUCAUUGAUGUGAUGACGUCAUCGCGCCCUCAAAAUAUUAUUACGUCAGUAAUCAAUAACGACUGUUAUUGUAGUGACAUCCGGGAGUUCCGUAUUUUUUCUAUUUUUCUUAUUUAUUUAAAUUAAUUAAUUCUGUUUGGGAUAUACAAAAGCUUCAGUCAGAGUGCAACAUCCAACAUUCCCGUAAUUUCAAAAUGAAAGCGUUCAGUUUAGGAAAAAAUAAUAUUGCGACGUUUUAAUAAAUAUGUAUAUAAAAAAAUAGCAGGAAAAUACUGAGCGCUUAUAUAUAUAUAAGUAAAUUUCUUAUUUCCAAUAAAUAAACCUCAUAUAGUGUAAAAAUACUUUAAGUAUGUUCGUAAUAAAAUAUAAAUAAAAUAUUAUCAA